AGCUUGGGCUAGUCACCACUUACUUUGUGGAGAUUUUGAAGGCCAAAGGAACCCUGAGGCAGGACAUUCGAGAAAGCAUCUUCACUUCAAUUAAAGCCAUUCACUCAGUAAACCAAUCUUUGCUGGUUCACCUGGAGAACGGCUACUUCGGGAGAGGCUUCGACCAGUUUUGCCCUCAACUGCACCACUACAACGUCUUUGUGGACAACAUUUACGAUGCCCAAAAAGCGCUCCGGAUCCAGCUGAAGAAAAACAAGGCCUUCAGACGGUUUAAGAAACUCCAGGAAGGCCGACCCGAGUUCAACAACCACACGCUGGAGGACCUGCUUCAACUUCCUAUCAAGCGGAUUGAUCAGUAUAAAGGUUUUCUACAAGAGAUGACUGCCAAUACGACUCCUGAUAACCCAGAGUUCCAACAGCUUUCCCGGGCGGUGGCUGCGGUGGAAGAACUGCACCAGCGUAUCCAGAACAAUACCCGGCGCCACGAGAACCACCUGCAGCUGUGCCGGGUGCAGAAACUGCUGAAGGGGCGAAAGACGAAGGUGUUGGCUGCAGGGAGGUGGUACAUCCGGGAAGGCUGGCUGAAGGUGGUCCCCACCAAGGGAGCGGACGCCAAACCCAAAAUGUUUUUCCUGUUUUCCGACAUGCUUCUGCAGGCCAAGCCAUGCAGCGCCCUGCAUCCCACCGACAGUGACAAGUUUUCAGGCCAGCACGCCUAUCCGCUGCGAGAGUGCGCCGUGGAAAAAGUGUUCGGCAACACCAAGGGCAAAGGAGGCCUGCUCAGUCUGACUUUCCCCAAAGCCAAACUCCUGCUCAUGUCAAGCAACCAGGAGGAUUUUAACGACUGGUACCAAAGCCUGACGUCGGCAGUUAGGAAGCUGCAGCCCAGGUCGACGGUUGUCCUCCAGCGAGAGGAUUUGAACCAGCAACCCCUCGGCUCGGCUCCUGACGGCCACAAUUUACCAAGCAGCAGCAGCCAUGCCAAUAGGAAAAGGAACAUGGUGAACAAUGAGCCCGGUGAGCUUGCUCAGAGAGCGGCCGUUGAGUGGGAGAGCAGCGCCCCCAAAAGGAUAAAAGAGGCCACUACAGAGCACAGUUCAGAGGUGUCCACGUCGAGCUGCGUUAUCCUCUGAGAGGUUGCCUUCCCAAAUGCGGAGGGAAUUCCACACGUGUGACGCACAUGGGCUCCUCCGGUGACGGUCUGAGAGUUUCACUUCAGACUUUUAAGCUCACGCCGGGGCCUCUGCGGUUUUCUUUAUUUUCCUCUUUGUGAACAAGUUAAGCUUUCGCCGUUUUGUGUGCAAUACAAAUAUCGCCAGUUUGUAGACCAAAUAUGUGAAAUUGAUUUUAAAAGGGAGCAAUAGGUCAGUUGCACUCCAUUGUGACGUAUUUAUACCCGAAGCCAGUUACAUUCAAAUAUUAUGCUUUUGUAUGUUUUUUUUUUUUUUUUAUAUACACACGAGUGCCUUCUCUUUUAUCCUUAUGUAAGCAAAUAACAUAUUGACGAUCAUUUUGGGAGUUUCUAAGAUGAAUUGAUUCAUAUCCUCGCGAUUCUAACACUAUUAUGAUGUUAAAACCAAUUACUAAUCACAUCGAGAGAUCAUUUCUCAAUAAAACUCAAAAACAGGA